CGUUCUCCCUGGCCGCGUCCCAAACACGAACAGCUUCCCAAUCCGAAAAUGGCACGCGAACGCACUCCCGAAUCCGAUGGCGACGACACCUACGACCGCCUCGAGCACCAAGGCAGCUACAUCUUCGCUCCUGGCGGCGGCGCCGAACCUGUGCGACCCAGCAAACGGCGGCGAAAAGCUCCGGACGGCGGCGAAGAAGCGCCGCAGAAAUGCCUGUUCCCGCCACUGUUCGCGGGCAAAGAGUCGGAGCUGGCGAUCCAGACGCGAUGGGAAAUAUACCACAGGCUGUGGGCGCAGCAGGAGGCGCGUAUCCGCGACGUCCUCGACUCAUUCAACCAGAAGACCCUCGACGACGUAUCCACCUUCGUGUCUGCCGCCCGCAGCGACGACCUCGACGGGAAGAUCCCCACUGCACUUGUCCUCACCGGGCCGAAUAUCGCGUCGCAUGCGCCGCUGUUCGCGCAGUUCGCGGAAAGGAUCAGGGAUAAGGACUCUACUGGGCCCGUGGUUGUGUUGACGUCCAAGGAUGCGGUGAAUCUUAAGGGGGCGCUGAGGAAGAUCAUCAAAGAUGCAACGAUGGCGGAUGAGGGCGUGGAAGAGGAGGAGACGGAGGAUAUCGAUACGAUCAUGGGGCGCAAGGGGAGGAAGCUGUUGAAUUACGACCUGCAGAUACUGCAGAAUUGGUGUGCGCUGCAUCCCGACAUGAAAGUGACGGUUGCGAUCCAGGAUACCGAGGCGUUUGAUGCGGCAAUACUGGGGGAUCUGGUGUCGCUUUUCAGCAGCUAUCUCGAUCGCAUCCCGUUUGUGCUGUUGCUCGGAAUCGCUACGUCGCUCGAGAUCUUCCACGAGAAGCUGCCCAAAGCAACGAUACGGAUGAUGCGAGGGGACAAAUUCGAUGUCGAGCGCGCGGAAGAGUGUCUGGCGCAGGUCUUUAACGAUGCGGUGUUGGGGAGCGAGACUACGCUCAGGCUGGGCACAACAAUGUGCGAUCUUCUAAUGGACCGCCAGAAGAACCAUACACAAAGUAUCCAGACUUUCGUGGCCGCGCUGAAGUACGCGUAUAUGUCGCAUUUCUAUGCGAAUCCGCUGAGCAUUGUGCUCGGAUUUUUGGGGGAUCAGGAGGGGCUUGGGAAGGUGCUGGCCGAUGAGCAUGUUGAGGCCAUUCGGAACCUUCCGUCGUUCAGAAAGUCUAUAGAGACAAAACUCGAGGACCGAGAGACGACAGAAAUCCGCGCUCUCCUAGAGGACGAUUUUCACCUCCGAUCAGCCGUCACCACAGCCGCUUCCGAUUGCCAUUCCUACGCCUUGCAACUCGGCGAAGCCAUCGAAGUUCUUGAGCUCGCCCGCAGCGGUCUCUCCUCCGCCUCCAACGUGCGCAUCCCUCGCUACGAGCUCCUACCCCGGGUCCUGUCCGGCGACCUUCACGUAGAAAGUCCCCUAGUUCGCGAACUCCUUCUCUCCGUGAAAAAGAUGAACUCAAAAUCCUUCCUCACGCUGAUCUCCAUGCUCUCCAACACCGCCAUCGCCAACGACCUAUUCCCGUUCAAAGCCCGUAUCGACGCCCUCGUAUCAUCCACCUCCAACGGCGGCGGCAAUCUGACCAGCGAAUUCGACGUCUCCCUCACCUCCUCGCUGCGCUCCACCGCAGUCUCCAAAAAGAUCCAGAUCAGCGCGCACAAAUCGACGCUCAGCAAGCACGACACGCUAUACUCGCAGCUGAUCCAAGAAGUUUACGACGUCUUCGCGCAGUACUUCUCCACCAAGCUGGAGCCCAUCAGCAACAUCUUCCUCCACGAGCUAUUCUUUUACGACCUACCCUCGCCGCACAGAGAUGUGUUCGCGCCGCGCGCGCGCGGCGCAGUGGAACGCGCCCUCGCCAGGCCGGCGCAAUACCUGGGCUGCGAGUGCUGCCACCGCACCGACGAGGAGCUGCAGGACGACGAGGGCGCAGUGAUGCGCUCGCACCCGGCCACUAGCAUCGCAUACCAGCUGUACCUUGAGGGCGGCGCGCUGAUCAACACGUACGAUCUGUGGAGCGCUUUCAAGAGUGUCGUGACGAGCGAAGACGCGGAGGAGGAUGACGACGACGUCGAAGAUAGAGUGGAUGAAGGGGCUGCACAGGCACUGUUUUAUCGAUCCAUUGCGGAAAUGAAUUUCCUCGGCUUUGUGAAGCAGACUAGGAAGAGGGUGGAUCAUUUGCAGAAGCUGGCGUGGAGAGGCUUGUAGGUGCUUGGUCACAUUGGGUUGCAUAGAUAUAGGAGGAUUGUACUUGUACUUGAGCGUGUGCACUGGGGUUAUACAUAAUGUUGUGCUUUUUUUUGGUUCGAGAGGAGAAUAGUUACUGGCUGUACUCGGGAUGUGAAGUGUGACUGGCCUGAGCACAGGCGGCAAAAAGUUCAAAGGAA